AUCAAAGGACAGAAAAUGGGGAAAUAUGCUCCCGCUUAGCUUGGAAACCCAGUAAACAGUCGAGACACCUAAACCUGCUGCGGCCAGCGCAGCGCGGUAAAUCCGAUCCAUUUAUCUCAAACUUCGUAGCCACCGGUGGUCGCAAUCCGAUCUUGCUCGUCGUCGGCGAUGUCAUCUCGCGACCACGCCGCAGCAGCUGCCGUAGCGCGAGUGGCGGUGGCCGGUGACGGCGCAAUCCUUGGAGUAGGCCUUGCUAUCUGUGCAGCGACCUCCUGGGUCAAGUAUCUCACAUCAUCCUCCUCCCUGGACCGAAUCCGCUCUGCACCCUCGCCUCGAAUAUCGGAUCUCCGGGCACUUCUUGCCGCAUCUGACGGAGAAUGCGAGGGCGAGGGCAAGCUGGUCGUUGUUCGCGGCCAGGUUCAUCUGAAGCCUACCGCUGAUUCUAACUGGAUGAACUCGAAAAACCAAAGCGCACUUAUUUCUCAGGGAUCUGGGGAGCGGGCUGUCAUCGUACAGCAGACGCAAACGUGCCUCUACAAUGAGUGGAAAGGUAUCUUUGGAUGGAGUAUUGAUCUCCAUGCUCUUUUUGCAAAAUCUUGGAGAGAGCAGCGGUCAAGCUCUCUGAGAUCGGUUCCAUUUAUUCUUGUGGAAGGUGGUCAAUGGCCUAAUUCUGGGUAUGUUCAUAUUAAUCUUGAUGGUUCACCCCAUCCACUUCCUCUCACAACUGUUUAUCAUCAGUUGCGGCCUAUUCAGCCUACACCUUACACCUUCUUCCAGGCCAUGUUUGGGAAUGGUUAUCCAGUGGCAUUAUUGGAUGAAGAAAAGAUUCUUGCAAUAGGCAAGGAGAUGACUGCAAUUGGCAAAUGCAGAUCACAAAAUGGAGCUCUUGAGUUGAAAUCCUGUCCAGAUCUUCCAUACUUUUUGUCUGAUAUGACGAAGGAUGAAAUUGAAGCACGUCUUGCUGCAAACAGCAGGAUCUUGUUUUGGAGUGGUGUUAUACUUGGAGCAUUUUCCAUUGGUUUACUGAGUUUUACCAUUUUUAGAAACUGGAGAAGAUGGAAAGAAUGGAGACGGAGAAGUCGAAGCCGAGAUCGACAUCGGAUGACUGAUGUCGAAAGUGCUGUUACUGAUGAAUUAGAAAAUGGAUCAGAUGAAGGGGAUGUGCCAGAAGGGCAACUUUGUGUGGUUUGUUUAAUGAGGCGAAAGAGAUCUGCCUUCGUCCCCUGUGGUCAUCUUGUCUGUUGUGUCCAGUGUGCCAUGUAUGUGCAGCACAGUGUGUCACCUAAAUGCCCUGUAUGUAGGCAAACCGCCUAUUCUUCCAUCAGGAUAUAUGAUUCAUGAGGAUUUCUUACUGCUGAAUAAUUCUUGCCACAAAAGGAGCCGCAGGAAUAUUGUGUACAUAUAUCAUCAUGGACUUGUUUCUGAAGAUCUCGUAUUGACUCGGACAAGCUUAAGCCUUCAAUCGAGGUGGAUGAAUCCAAUUUCUCUUGCUGCCCUUUGGUUUGAACAGCCAGGAUACAUUUAAGUUGAAUCUUGUAAAUCAUUUUUCUUUUUCUUUUAAGAGAAGGUUGCUAAUUGUUUUCGUUGCUUAAACUGGUCAUUGGCUAAGUGAUGGCAACCGACCUGGCAUCUCUGUGUGUUUUGUCCUUCUAACCUACUUUUGAUCUGGUAGUGGUGUUAAAAUUGUUUUCUGAUCUACUGUGAAGCUUUGAUUUUGUCUUUCUGUAAGUGGGAACUAAUAUUUGUCUAGUGUUAUUUUGCUUUUUAAAGGCUUCCUGGUGUUAAUUUUGC